UCUACCCCGCCUAGAAUCUGGACCCACUGGCCAAGAGUCUGAGCCUGCAGGCCUACAUUUAGACUUUGCCAGCCAAGAUUAUUUCUCCACUGGCCAAGAAUUCGAUUCUCCCUACCAAGAAUUGGACCUGGACUCUCUUAACGAAGAUCUUUAUUCCCAGUCCCUGCCAGAUGCCAUGACAAAGACCUCUGUGGGCGCAUAUAAGUCUCAACUGACUUCUGAACCGGUGGAUCUGACAGAGGCCGAGCAAAUGGAGCUCAAAUCUGAGCUCACUAAAUUGGAGGCAGAAAUCGUAACCCUACGCCAAGCGCUGGGAGCCAAAGAGAGGCGCUGUGGGGUGCUCAAGAGGAAGUUGGGCCUCACCACCUUGGUCGGGCUGAGACAGAAUUUGUCCAAGAGCUGGCAUGAUGUCCAGGUCUCCAACGCCUACGUGAAACAGAAGACGUCAGUUGCCCUAUCCAUCAUGAGCUCUGCCAUCUGCAGGAAGUUUGGAGACAUGAAGAAGUUGGCCACAUUCAGAUCUUUUGAAGGGCAGAUGUUCAAUAAAUACUUGUUAAAUCAAUGAAGGAAUUAAUAUCACAUACUUCAGACACAAAAUGUUGGAUCCAAGAGAUUAUCAACUUGAACUAGUUGAUAAGUUCCUCCUGCUUUUAAACAAAA